UUCAAUUAACCCCUUUCUUUUUUAUGUAUGCGCAAUUUGGGCCCAAUCCCACCAUCGAAAUGAGCUCGCUCUCAUCUCUCCUCUCCUUCCGAUCCCCAAUCCACUCUCGAGGUGCUCUUCUCCGACGCUUCGGGGGGACGACGACGAUGAUGAGUGGCACGGUGGACCCCCGUUGCUCGAUCGCGCCUCGGGCCUUCGAGUGCUUGGAUGGGAUCCGAACCCUAGCGGAAUCGGGACGCUAUAAGGCUUGGUUCUUAGAUCAAUUUGGAGUCCUUCAUGAUGGCAAAAAACCGUACCCUGGCGCCAUUUCUACAUUAGAGAAUCUAGCAAAGCAUGGGGCGAAGAUGGUAGUUAUAAGCAAUUCUUCCCGGCGAGCAUCUACAACCAUAGAGAAGCUAAAUAAACUUGGCUUUGAUUCUUCUUUGUUCGUCGGGGCCAUCACUAGUGGAGAAUUGACGCAUCAAUACCUUCAGAGGAGGGACGAUCCAUGGUUUGCGGCUCUCGGAAGAAAAUGCAUACACAUGACGUGGAGUGAUCGAGGUGCAAUAUCUCUUGAGGGCCUAGGCUUGCAAAUUGUGACUGGUGUCGAUGAUGCUGAUUUUAUAUUAGCUCAUGGAACUGAAGCGCUUGGGCUUCCUUCGGGUGAUGCAACGCCCAUGUGUCUUGAGGACCUCGAGAAAAUAUUGGAGCUCUGCGCCAACAGGAAAAUUCCUAUGGUGGUAGCGAAUCCAGAUUAUGUAACUGUGGAAGUUAGAGCUUUGCGUGUCAUGCCUGGUACACUGGCAGCUAAAUAUGAGGAACUUGGAGGUGAAGUGAGAUGGAUGGGAAAGCCUGAUAAGGUGAUCUAUGCAUCAGCUAUGGCCAUGGCAAAUGCGGAUGCCGGUGAUUGUAUUGCCGUUGGCGACUCUCUCCACCACGACAUAAAGGGCGCGAAUAGAGCUGGAAUCGCUUCGGCAUUUAUAGCCGGCGGAAUCCAUGCAGACGAACUCGGGCUCAGUUCAUUUGGAGAAGCCUCCAGUUCUGAUUCAGUCCAUACACUGUCCUGCAAAUAUGAUGCUUAUCCAUCUUAUGUUUUGCCUGCUUUUACAUGGUAGAUGAUUGCUUGGCUUGUUGUAAGCACUUUUUAGGACCCAAUUGUUGCAACUCUAACAAUUUAUUAUCACAUUACCCGAUUGUUGAACUAAGCACUUUUAGUUUUGGCAAUUUUUAUUUGAAAUA